GGAAUCUUGUCCAUUACUGUGCCUCGGCUUCCCACUCCUCUCCUCUCUGGAGAGAUGGUUAUUAUUUUAUUGUAGCCUACAUUAGGCUAUAGUCUAUUCAGAGAAUUAAAAAAACUAUUUGAAAUGGUAGCCUAUGUUUGACUACAUGACAAGAGUCAGUUUACAGAAGAAGUUGGAGAGAAUUUCUGUUGGAUUACUAGCAAUCAUUCAUGCGUUAGCGAGGAGCCUGUGGACACAGCUACUAUCAUAACCGACUAUCAACGCUGAUGGUCACCGCCGAGGAGUAGAUAUGUACCAGGGCAUAACCAUGACAACCAACCACGGACCCUCGUCGUACGAGCCCGGUUUCCUCCACAAUGCCUCCGCCACAACCUCGCCGGUGUACGUGCCCACGACCCGGGUCACCCCCAUGAUCCCCACGCUGCCUUACCUCCAGACCCACGGGUCCUCGCAGCAGAUCAACCCCGUGUCGAGCCACUCGGCCUGGGCGCAGCCGGGUUCCGAAUCGGUGCCCUCCUACAACACGGGAAAUGCGCACCACCCUCCGGUUUCCCCGCGGUUCUCCUUCUCCACCAGCCCACCUCUCUCAUCCGGGAUCGCCGUGGCUCGGGAGACGACCACAUUUACUAGUCCGCUCAACAUCUCCGCCAACGGGAGGGAUCAUUACGGGACGCGAAACCUCGGCGGGUCCUACCACAGUCCGUACCCGGCCUAUAUGAGCCCCAACAUGGGCGGGACGUGGGCCACGUCUCAGUUCGACAGCUCCGUCCUGCAUAGCCUGCAGUCCGGGGGCCAGACACGGCACCCCAACUUAGGUAAGAAAGGUGAAAACAUGGUCAGAAAUAUUAACCUUUUCGUGUCAGGUUUUCCAUUGUCGACAAAUGUUUUGCUACAAAACAUUGCUUUCAAAUUCAGAUUAACACAUUGCCAAGAGUAGGCCUACAUUUCAGUUGUUUCAUUAUUAGAAUUAAAGCUAUUGGUAAAUGUCAUACUUGAUUCAGUAGGUUAUAGGUCAGUAUGAAAAAUGUAUGCACUCACUAACUGUAAGUCGCUCUGGAUAAGAGCGUCUGCUAAAUGACUAAAAUGUAAAAAAAUGUCAGAUGUAUCCAAAGGUCAGCACACAACAACCGUUCGUUAAACUGCGCAUACUAAUAUAGCCUAUAUAUCUCCGCAUUUUUAUCCAAAUUUGAACGUGUUUAUCUUUCCAAGUCAUCAGGACAUAAUGUUAUUAGUUUAACAUGGUUUCCACCAAAUGAAAGCAAUACUAAUAAUACAACCAUAUAUCACCGAAACACUUGUACAGGUCUCAUCACAGCCUGAGUCAUGAUAACUUUAAUCAAUGGUUUGAAAUAGACAAAGUCAAUGCAUUGCUUUAACACAUUGGGAGGGUCAUGUCGUAUGAGUAGCCUAUGUUACGAUAUUUCUAUCAUUUGUUAUCAUUUGUCAUUUGUGAUAAUAAAGAAUACUAAUGGCCAACGGGGUAGAUAGAGAUAGGCGUAGAGUACGACAAUAUUACACAUUGGGGCCUGCAUUGAAAAAAAAUCAAACUGCAUAGCCAGCCCAAGCCAUUGCAUUUUAUGGAUAUUUUGCUGAAUAAAAUAUUUUUUAUCAUGUUUAUUGUAGGUUUUAGGUCUCAGACUAAGCAAGGCAUUUUAAUGGUCAAGUAACAGGCAUUUUUGCCUUGUCAAACCAAGGAAAUUAAGAAUAAAACGAUCAUAACACAGUUUAACUGUAUAAUAAACAAUUCAAGAAGCUGGAAAUAGACUAGGCUACCUAGUUCAGGUGUAAGAAAUAGCUUAGGCUAUAGGCUACAGUAUGAGUCUUUACCAUUAAUAAAUGAUCAAGUGUUUUAUAUAUAUUUCCACACUGUGAGAUUGAAAUAUUACUGUGAAAUUGUGAAAAUGAUGAUAAUUCCCUUUUAUUGUAAGAGCUGUUUGAAAAGAGCCUGAAAUUUCAGCCUGUUUUGGUGGAAGUUUGGCCUUCCACGGUGACAUCACCAUGUGGUAAAUUAGUUAAUAGACCAAUAAGAGAGUUCCAAAACUCUCUGCCAAUAACAGCAAAUGUUAUGUUUUCCCCUCCCCACUCAAACCACUCCCAGACAGUCCUAGCAAAAUUCAUGCUUGAGAAAUUGUUCUUUGCUAAGAAGCUUUUUUUUAAAAACCAUUUUAAUUGGUAACAAUCACAGUAAGGUACUUAAUUGUUACCCAGAAAUUAUUUGAUAUUGAGAUAAAAACGGCUGCAUUGGACCUUUAAAAAAAUCCACAUUUUUAGAAAUACAAAUAUUCAGCUAAUUAAACUCUUAUUUUUGACAAUCCCCGUGUUUCUCAGAAUAAUUGUUAUUUAUUUACACCCUUCUGUCCGACAGCUUCUUUAUCUUUCACCGACGCAUUCGUUAUAUUAGGCAUUUCGAUGGCAGAUUUAAAUAGGCCUACAUAAAUAAAAUAAAACAUUUAAAAAGAAGCAAAAGGAAAUGGGAUUACAUUAUAAAUCAAAGCAGGCUAAUGCCACCCAGUUAUUAUCAACAUAAAUUAGAGAAUGCAAAUUUAGAAGUAAUUCACUUCGGAUAAUAAGUGAAUAAAUUCCAAAACUAUAAUCCCUUAUUUAGCCUACCACUUUGUUUAAAUUACAUUUAUAUGAAUUUGACAUUAUUUUACUUGAAUGUAGCCUAGGAUACAUUUAUUUUAUUUCAGUCAUCUGCAACAAACGAAUGAAUAAAACCAACAACUCAAAAUAAAAACAAAAUGCACAUUUAAUUGUACCUAAACUGAUAUUGAAAUUCAACCGAUAAGAAUUUCAAUAGCAGACCAGAAGAUGAAUGGAUGUCGCCUACAUUAUGCAUGGUACAUCAAUCAGAAAUAUCAAAUAGUUUUAGUUUGGUCUCAUGUUCAUGAUCUAAAAAGUCAAGCACAGCAGUCGUUUAUCCACCCACGCUUUUACACAUGCUAUGCAUGAUGAUACAACUGCAUAUAGGCCUACAAAGCUUAACAUCUCAUGUUAUUGUGAAUACAAUCAUGUUAUAAUUAUUUAUCACUCUUGAGGUACAGAUUAUUCUAUUUAAGAAUGGAUAUAACCCUAUCAUCACAAACUAAAACUGAAGCAAGAGGUGAAUGCUCACGGCAAACCAUGGGACAGAACACCUCCUGUUCAUCACAGAGAGAAUCAAAAAGGUUCAAAGAACAAAUAUGAAACACAAUUCAAUUUAUAGAUAAAAUAUCAGAAGAAAAAAAUUGUGCUGGUUGAGGCAAGUUUAUUACAACCAUUUACAACCAUUGACUGCCCAAAACUAACAUUUAGUUAUAAGAUAUUCAUAAGACUACUGUAAUAGGGAUAUUGUGAUCCUAGAGAAAAUGAAGGUUGAUUCUCCCUCCUGCCUAGUUCAGUGUGAUUGUUGCAGGUGGUUGGGAGACUUUAGUUCACACUGAAUGAUAAGACUGAAUUCCACACAUUGCAACUGGAAUGGAAAUCGCUCUGGAUAAAAUGUGUGUCAGAAACUAGGUAAUAUUUACAUGUCAAAUAAAGUCCAGGUAAAAACCACCGCUUACUGGUCUGGUGGUAGGAGUACACAGCAUAGGCCCACAUUCAUUACUGAUAUAAACUCUUCCAAAAGGGUUAUUUGGCCGUCCCCAUAGAAGAAACCUUUUUGCUUCCAGGUAGAACCCUUUUUGGUUCCAGGUAGAAACCUAUCGGGAUCCAUGUAGAACCCUCUCUAGAAAGAGUUCUACAUGGAACCAAAAAGGUUUUUUCAAAGGGUUCUCCUAUGGGGACAGCCGAAGAACCCCUUUAGACUCUAAAUAGCAACUUUUUUUCUAAGAGUGUACUGAAUGUUAAUAAAUAAUAAAUACAUCGCAGAAAUGUUCCAUACACACAAAAAGCUGAGGAGAAUUGAUGUCUUUAAUAAAGCCCUUUUGUGGGGAAAAACUCAUUCUGAUUGACUGGGCCUGGCUCUCCAGUGGGUGGGCCUAUGCCCUCUAUGGCCCACCUAUGGCUCCACCCCUGCACAGUCAUGUGAAAUCCAUCGAUUAGGGCCUAAUUAAUUCAUUUCAAUUGAUUGAUUUACUUUAUUGAACUGUGACUCAGUAAAAUCUUAGAAAUUGUUGCAUGUUGCGUUUAUAUUUUUGUGUAUUUGGAAAUUGUCUUCCAUCUCUACGGCUAAUGCUGAUGCCGUCUACAGUUGGUGCAUAGGAAUUGGCUGAUUCUGGAUCUGCUUCUGAAUAGGAACCACUGGGACAUGGAUCUGCCUCAGUAUGUGGUUUUGGUGAACUCUGGACACAGUGAUCAAAAGUUAAUCACAAUAGGAUGGUAGUUUCACCACAAGCACUGGUUUGGCUUGUGUCAUCAUCACCUUUGUCUGAUUACAUGUUACUCAGUCUGUGAUGGGUUUCUUGCUUUGGACCUUAUAUGAUUACAUUAGACAUUUUAGUCAUUUAGCAGAUGCUCUUAUCCAGAGCGACUUAGUGAGUGCAUACAUUUUCAUUUUUUUUCAUACUGGCUCCCCGUGGGAAACAAACCCACAACCCUGGCGUUGCAAGCGCCAUGCUCUACCAACUGAGCUACACGGGGCCCCAUAUGAUCUAGUAUGACCAUGUCUUUUUCUAUGGAGCUGUCCAUAUGUGCACUGAUCUAUGGCUGAGCUAAUGUCUUUGCUCCAAUCCACAUUUUUACAAUCACUCCCAUUAAUUUGGCAAAUCUUAGCUACACAACCAACCACUGAUAGAAGUAGAAACCAAACCUGGAUUUAGAUUUCAACACAGGAACAAUAACAUUGCCAGGUAACAUGAUCAUAUCAAAAGAAACUGCUAUCAUAUGAGAUCUCCAGUGUAGAUACUCCAGUUUUACAGAUAACACAUUGAUUUAAUCCAACCCUCUCACCUCUCUGGGUGCUGUUGUACUUAAAUCCAAACCCAUUACUUUAGACUGAGUUUAUCACAGCUCCACUGUGGAAGAGAGAGUGAAAGUCUCUAUUGUUCCAGAGGUGGACUGAGUGAGAGGGAGGGAGAGAGGAAAACUCCCCAAGACUCAACUUUCCUGUGAUAAAGUACAUUAAAAACAUCCCAAUAUCAGAUUAGAUCAACUAUAUUAAAUCCUUACACGUUACAUUCUGGAAUAUAUUAUACAUGAAAAAUAUCCCAAUAUGAGAUUAGAUCAACUAUAUUAAAUCCUUACAUGUAGAUGUAUAAUAUAUUCCAGAAUGUAACAUAUAAGGAUUUAAUAUGGUUGAUCUAAUCUGAUAUUGGGAUGUUUUUCAUGUAUAAUAUAUUCCAGAAUGUGAUGUGUAAGGAUUUAAUAUGGUUGAUCUAAUCGGAUAUUGGGAUGUUUUUCAUGUAUAAUAUAUUCCAGAAUGUAAUGUGUAAGGAUUUAACAUAGUUGAUCUAAUCUGAUAUUGGGAUGUUUUUAAUGUACUUUAUCACAGUAAAGAUGCUUAUUAGUGUAACUUGCAGUAUUUGAGAGAAAGGCCUUUCAUUGCGGCCUGUGCUUGAUUUUAUUCUGUGUUUUGAACGUAAACACAUCAGAAAUUUACAAUGAUACAAUCACAUUAAUUAUGAACAUAAUAGUAAGCCCUUCAGAUAAGCUCUCGAGGGAUAUACAGGAGACACAUUUCUUGUCUAUAGUGGUAAUAAACAAUAUGGUGCCAAUAUGACCCAUCAGGGGAAGCCAGUAGCACAUGGGGUGAUAAUAUGGGUUGCAAACUGAGAUCCGCACACAACUCUCAUUGACAUCAAUACAUGAUUUACCCAAAAGCUUGAGUUACAUCUGUGGAUCUGAAAUUAUGAUUCUGCCCCAGGGAGACUGUUUUCACUACCAUUGAAUUCCAUUCCAAUUCCAUUUCAAUUGAAAGGUGUUUUCUCAAUGACUAAAGACUGAUACGCUCUUCAGAAAUUGAAAGAGCCAACAGCAAUAGAUAAACGCUACAUUCUGUUAUUAUGAAGACUUAAUGGGACAGGGUUAUAUUGUGUUCAGAUGGAACAUUGAAAUAGACACUUAAAAAAUAUUUUACUCUUGACCUUUUAACACGGACUGCCGGUGCUGACAUUUCUAAACAAUAGACCCACAGAGAUAGCAAUACUUAGUGACAUUCUGUGAGAUUUAUACACAUGGAUAUGCAUACAGACCCAUCGCCAGACCUCAGUCUUAAGGGGGGCAUAUGAAAUGCAUCGGAGGGCAGGGCACAAUUGUUAUUAGCCUACAGUACAUAUAUUUAAUAAUAAAUUCCCUCAAGUGGGGGGAACAAGCAUUUUUGGGGGCGGGCCCGGCCCCCUAUGGCCCGCCCAUAGCGACGGGUGUGUAUGCAUAUAUGAUCUUCAUUUGACCACUCUUUUGUUGAACAUUUUCCAGAACCUCAGGAGCUUUGUGAUUUACAUAAAUUAACUGAAACCCCACACUAACACAUGGCUAUAUUAUAUUAACAGUAUUGCACUUUUAAAUCCUGUUGCUGCAGGAUUAUUUUUCUGUGACAAUAUAGCUGAAAUUAAGAUCCUACAUCUGUGCCUCAGCAGUUCUUUUGUCUAUUGUCUUGUGUUUCUGCCAUGUGUCGGCUAGCUUCUGCCCAGCACAAGGUUGCCCUUCCCUACACUGCUGUAGCUCUGCUUUGUUGUCAACCUUGAAGGAAGUCUGCCUCUACCUCCAGAUAUCAGCCUACACACGUUCCCCAUUAACAACCCACUGAAUCAGAUAAUACAUCUAUAGUUUUAAGCACUGUUUCAUUUCAAUUGACCCAUACAUUCAUGUUUUCCAAAUGUCAAAUACAUUUUGUGUGAUUAUAUGAAGUAUAUGCACAAUAUAGUUAGAUACUGCAUCUGACAGAGUGGUUAAGUGCUCCCUGGAGAUACCCUGUUAUGUGUGAGAGAGGAGGGGUGAGAGCGAGGGAAGAUUGUAUUUAUCAGACGUCAUAGUAUCUCUAGAGAGAUUGUCCAUUUGUAUAAAAUGAAGCUCUAUUCCAGCUCUAUUUCCAGCCUGGCCCUUUAUCAAGGGAGGAGCUGUCAGAUAAGGAAGAAUUCCAGACCACUAUGGAGUAGUGCGUUAGUAUCAUAGAGAAUGAUAGAGGCCUCUAGUGGCCAAAAGGCUGUUUUAGCAUGGUGAGCACCAUUAAGGGCUUCCACCAUGCUUCCGCCAUUUUAAAGUAGUCAAAGUAGUCAACUGGAUGAGGAUUCUAUGGGUUGUAGCCUCAAUGGCGCUGCCCAUGCUGUCACAGACGCUAUAAGGGGUAUAGAUAUAAAGAUGAGUAUUCUAUCUAGCUCUAUGAUUGGUAUGGACAGGGAGGGAGAGAGCACCAUCUUCUGGUCAGGAAUCCUCUGAGUUGACUUUCAAAACUGGAUAAACUGUUUGAUGUUAUUCUGUGAUUUUAGGUUGUUAGGUAAUGUUUAGGUAAGCUGUGUUUGGAUUUGUUUUCCAAUACCUCACUCUCUCUCUCCCUCUCCCCACUCUUGGUCCCCCCCACCCCCCCCCCCCCCCCCCCUCUCUCUCUCUCUCGUCUCCUUCCCCCUCCAUCAGAGCUGUAUGAUGACUUCGCUGAGGGGCGUGAGUGUGUGAACUGUGGGGCGAUGUCCACCCCCCUGUGGAGACGGGAUGGUACGGGCCACUACCUGUGUAACGCCUGUGGACUGUACCACAAGGUGAACGGUAUAAACAGACCCCUCAUCAAACCCCAAAGACGGCUGGUAGGUGACAAGACAGGAUUUAAUCUUCAACAUAUAGUACACAAAAAAGCAUGUAUUUCACUCUCUUUCCUUCUCUCCCCUUCUUUCUACUUCUUUCUCUCUCCCACCCACUCUUCUUUCUCGUUCUGUGUGUGUGUGAAUACAGACUUUUUGUAAGGUUGUUAUAAUGUUGUAAUAAGGUAUAAGGAUGGUAUACUGAUUCACUAUGUGGUGGAUGUCAUUUGAUUCACACUCUCUCUAUAUCUCUCUCUUUCUCUCUAUCUCUCUCUCUCUCUCUCUUCUUCUCUCUAUCUCUCUCUCUCGUCUCUCUCUCCUCUCCUCUCUCUACUCCUCUCUCUCUCUCUCCGCUCUCUCUCUCUCCUCUCUCCUCCUCUCUCUCUCGCUCUCUCUCUCCUCUCUCUCCUCCUCUCUCUCUCUCUCUCUCUCUCUCUCUCUAUCUGUGUGUGUGUUCCAGUCUGCGUCUCGAAGAGUGGGUCUGUUGUGCACUAACUGCCACACCACCACCACCACACUGUGGAGACGCAACGCAGAGGGAGAGCCUGUCUGCAACGCCUGUGGCCUCUACAUGAAACUACACGGCGUUCCUCGUCCCCUAGCCAUGAAGAAGGAGGGGAUUCAGACCCGCAAACGCAAACCCAAGAACCUCAACAAGUCCAAACCUGGUCCGUUUGUGUGUGUGUGUGUGUGUAUGUGUGUGUGUGUGUGAGUGUGUGUGUGUUUGUGUGUGGUGUGUGUGUGUGUGUGUGUGUGUGUGUGUGUGUGUGUGUGUAAAGUAACCCUGGUCUCUGUGUUGUAGGGACUCCAGGCAUGGAUGGCCACACCCCCAGCAGCACUCCCAGUGCCCCUAGUAACUCAGAGGAGCCUCGCCAGAUAAAGACAGAACCAGAGGCACUCUGCCUGUACUCACACCACCACAACACACACGCACAGGUUAGUCAAUAACCUCUCUCUCUCUCCCUUCUCUCUCUCUCUCUCUCCUCUCUCUCUCUCUCUAUCUCUCCUCCCUCUCUCUCUCUUUCUCUCUCUCCAUCCUCGUCUCUUCCCCUUUCUCUCUCCUCUCGACACACAACCACCUCCACGCCUAGCACCUGUCUCCUGUCCCCAGGUUUCGGCUAGCUAUGAUCCAGGGUGGGCCCUGCCCCUCAAGCUGUCCCCUGGGGUGCACGUGGGCCUCUGGCUCCAAGACGAGCCCUGAACACUACUCCUUGUCUCCCGCUCCACAGACAGCUAUGUACCUCCUUUUGAGCUCCGACAUUGUCUGCCAGACACAGACACAACCCCCCCAAACCCCCCCCCCCCCCCUUUUCCCCCCCCUUCUCCCCCUUUCCUCUUCCUUCCCUUCCUCGUCCCCUCCUGGGGGGUUUCCCCCCCAAACCCGCCUCACCCCCAAAACCUUCCUUUUUUUUUUGAUGUUUUUUUUAUUUUUUUUUGUUUUCAGACACACAACACAACCCAACACACAACAAACACCCACAACACCUACACGCAACCAAAGCUCUUAGCCCACCUGUCUUCCUGUCCCUCCAGGUUUCGGGCCUCCCAGCAUAUAUGAAUGCCCAGGGUGGGGCCCUGCCCCUCAAGCUGUCCCCUGGGGUGCACGGUGGGUCCUCUGGCUCCAAGAACGAGCCCUGGAACAGCCUGAUCCUGGCCUAAGAGAGAGAGGACCACCCCUGACAUCUCACACCAAGCUACCCACAGCACAGCUACUGUACCUUCCUUUCUGAGCUCCGGCACUAAGUUAGGUCUGGAGCACAGACACAGACACACAGAACCAGCAGGCAUAGAAAGAUGGAAAUUAAACACAUAAUGAGAACUGUUCAGGUGCAGAAACACAUAUCUAUAGAACUGAUGACAAAAAGAAGAGAAAAAAAAGUGAAGCACAUGUAGCAGGCCUUGAUUGCACUCCCUCGAUUACCCUGUGCUCACAGGAACCUCCAAUGUGCGAGGGAUAAUAGAAGACAAAAACAAUCCUCUGUUUCUUCAAAGUGAUUUUAUUUCCUUUUACCAGCUGGCCGGACGUUGGUGUUGAAUGAACUCCAUGGACUUCAUCACUCUGUAUAGUGUGACUGUCUACUGCAAAAACAAUGCUGUCAAUUCUUUUCACCUUUUCCUAAUGUAUUAUUACUAAAUACUAUGAUAUUUGCAUCCUAGUCAUCUUUACUGUGCCUAUUUGCUUUGAUUUGGUGUAUGACAAAACUAUUAUUUGAUUUAAAAAAUAUACUGUCAUCUCUUACUGAUAAACUACCUAGCCUGGCCACUAAGCUGCUUGUGAAUGGGAUAUGGUUUUAUUGGCACAUACCGCCCUCUGUAGAUUAUAGUGAAUUUGUGCACCCAUGAAAGGGGCAGAGUAUGUUCCUACAAGCAAAACUCUAAAAGAUAAUCCUUCCCAAAAUAAUUUUAGUAAUCUCUGAUAUUUUCAUGUCUGUUUAUUUCAGUGUAAUUGGGUAGGUUAUACACCCUGGUAUUUAUUCUACUGAAAACAAAAACAAUAUUUCUUUAUUUUGUGAUUGUUAGAAUGCUUUACCCAUACUGUAUGUAUUUCAUUCAAGAAACAAGCAUUCGGAAGCAAAUACUGUUAAAAAACAUAUACUUUAGCGAUAACAUUUUAUGCCUUAAUUUGCUUGUAAAUUGCAGCGGGAAAACACGCAUUUGGUAUGGGAGUAUUGUCACAUGUAAUUGACCAUGAAAAUAUGAACAUACAUUUCUAUGUAAAGACUUCACUCCAGUAUAAUUGUAUAAUACACCAUUGUGAUAUACUGAAAGUUACCCUUGAGAACCCCUACUACACAGUGAGAGAUGGCACCUGUAUCUCCAUGAGCUCGAUGUGCACUAACUAACACUGUACUUGAUGCCCUUCCUUAGUGUGCACCUGUAGCUGUACUGAGGAAUGUAAUAAAGACAAGCAUUUUGACACAUCAUUGUUAUUAUACAUAUUACAUUCAAUAGGAUAAUCAUUC